CAAAAUCAGCUGCAAUUUGAAAGAGAGAGAGAGAGAGAGAAAAAAAAAAUAAAGCCAUUCGACCAUAAACAUCUUUCAAAGGAAUAAAUAUAACCUGUCUGUAUUUCUCAAAUAUUACUGUUACUUACAUUGUUUGUUGCUCGAUAUCAUGACAAACCUGUUGACCUAAUCAUCAUCAUUUUAGUUGAUUUGUUUUUUGUUGUUGUUGUUGUUGUUGGUGUAAUAAAACAAAAAAACGUCAUCAAAAUUUUUAAAAGAAUUUUUCAAGAAAAUUUGUUUUUUGAUUAAGAAUUUUGUUGAAAUUCGAACAACAACGAAAAAAAAUUCGAACGGAAAUGGUCGAAUCAUAUCGAUGGUGGUACCAUCGAUUGUUUUCCAGAUGGAUAUUUUAUUUUUAUCCAUCAACAAAAUCUAAUGAAUGUCCAAAACAAGAUGAAGCUGAUUGUCUGUUCCGAGAGUUUCAUUCAAAUUAUAAUGAUCGAUCAAAAUUCAUUCGCAAUAAUAAUAAUCGUACGCUUUUAGCUUUGAUAAAAACAUUUGGCCACGAAAUUCGUCUACCGUUUGUAUUGUUUUUCCUACAGGAUUGUAUAAUCAAAUCCAUACAACCAAUAUUGAUCGGUUGGAUUAUACGUCAUUUUUCAUCAUCAUCAUCAUCAUCGAAUCCAAUGUGGAUGAUCAUUGGUUUAUGUAUAACAAGUUUAGCAUUAAUCGUUUGUCAUCAUCCAGCUAUGUUAUUAGCAUUAAGACUUUCAAUGCGAAUGAAAAUUAUAUGGUCAUCUGUGAUCUUUGAUAAAUGUUUACAUCUUUCAUAUCAAUCAGUUUAUCAUCGAAAUAUAUCCGGAAUCAUAAAUCUUUUAACAUCACAAACAAGAAGAUUUGAUGAAUUUGCACUGCUAUUUUAUCAUUUAAUUCUGGUACCGAUUCAAACAGUCAUAAUAUUGAUCAUUGCAUAUGGUUAUCUUGGAUCAGCAAGUUUGUUUGCAUUUACAAUGUUUAUAAGUUUUGCCCUAUUGAAUUCUUAUCUAAGUCGACGAUUUUCCUUAAAACGUUCAGCUGCUAUCGUUUUCACUGAUCAACGAUUAAAAUUUUUAAACGAAACAUUUAUUCAUCUUCGAACAUUGAAAAUAUUGGCACUUGAACAACCAUUCAUUCGACGAAUAUUCCUUGCAAGACGUAUGGAAAUCCUAUACAUUCAUUGGCCAUUAGUUGCACGUUCAAUAAUGCUGUCAUUUUCAAUGAUGUCCAGUCGUGUUAUCAUGUAUCUAACAUUCAUAUUAUCAUUAAUCAUAUUCAAUAUUACCGAUAUUCAGGAACAAUUUUCAAUCGAAACAUUGCUGGUUUCAAUAACAUUAUUUGAACGAUUACGUUUUUCACUUGUAUGGACAUUACCACAAGCUAUUUCAUCAUCAUUCGAUAUGUUUAAUGCAUGUAAACAAAUGGAUCAAUUUCUUGCCGAACCAAAUGUUAUCGAUUAUAAACAUCGAACAUUAUCAGAUCAUGAUCAUAACAAUAACAAACCGAUUGUUCAUGUUCGUGGAUUAACACCGAAUAUAAAUUGUCAUUUUGAUUUGAAAAACAUUGAAUUCAAAAUUGAACGUGGACAAAUUCUAAUCAUUAUUGGUCCGGUUGGUAGUGGAAAGAGUACGCUGCUAUUAACAUUAUUAGGAGAAUUAAAUGUACAAAAAUCUAAUCAUUUCAAUGUAAAUGGAUCGAUUGCCUAUACUGGACAAGAAGCAUUCUGUUUUAAUGGAACAAUUCGUGAAAAUAUUUUAUUUGGUCGUUCAUAUGAUUCAAAUCGAUAUCAACAAAUUAUUCAACUUACAUGUUUAGAUUAUGAUUUUGAACAAAUGUCAUUGAAUGAUCAAACAAUUAUUGAUGAAGGUGGUGGUAAUUUAAGUGGUGGUCAACGAAUACGUAUUGAAUUAGCACGUGCUUUAUAUAGUGAUUCUGAUAUUUAUCUUUUAGAUGAUCCUUUCAGUUCAUUAGAUUCACAUUUAGCUAAAUGUAUAUUUGAUCAAUGUAUUAAGAAAUAUUUACGAAAUAAGAUUGUUAUUAUGGCAACACAUCAAUUACAUUUUGCAUAUGAUCAUCAUAAUAGUCAUAAUAUUCGUGUUCUUUUAUUGAAUUCUGAACAAAAACAAACAGAAUUCUAUACGAAACCAUUGAUUGAACCAUUACCACCAUUCAUUGAAAAUGAUCAAAUUUUAGAUGAACAACAUCGACAACAACCAAAAUCAAAAUCAAAAGAAAAACAUCGUUUAAAAGAAUUGAAUAUUUCAAAUGAUUCAUCGAUAAUUAAAUCAACGAUUGGUUUUAGUCUUUGGCUGGAUAUAUGGCAAUAUCUUCAACGUGGAUCUUCAGGUUUUGGAUCAAUUCAUUUGGUAGUGAUUACAUCGAUUGGUACACAAUUAAUGCUUUAUUUAUGUGAUCAAUGGCUUUCACAAUGGCAAUCAAAACAAAUAACUAAUGAAAAUUUUUGUCAAAUUUAUACAGCUAUUAUAUUGAUCGGUAUCAUAAUGGCUAUUGUACGAUCAUUUUCAUUUUAUAAAUUAUGUCAUCAAGCAUCGGAAAUAUUUCAUAAUCAAUUAGUUAAUAAUAUUGUUCAUUGUACAACAACAACAACAACAACAAUCAAUAAUCAUUUUGAUGGACAAAUUUUAAAUUAUUUUUCACGUGAUAUCGGUAUAUUGGAUGAAACAUUACCGGCAACAUUAUUCGAAUUGAAUCUGGCAUUAUCACAAGUAAUGACAAUUAUUAUUGUUAUAUUAUUUUUAAGUCCAUAUAUGGCAUUGAUUACAUUGAUUUAUAUGAUAAUGUUAAUCACUUUAUUGGAAAGUUAUGUUCGACCAUUUCAUCGGAUUCGGAAAUCUGAAUUCGCCGCUAGAAAUGCUGUAUUCAAUCAUCUAACUUCGACAAUAAACGGUGCGAUAACUAUUCGUGCAUACCGGGUAAUUGAUUAUUUUCAACAACAAUUUCUUCAAUUAACCAAUCUACAUACAGCUGAAUUAUUUGGGCAAAAUGUUUCCAGUCGAAUAUUUUGUCUAUUAGUUGAUUUAAUAUCAUUAAUUUAUAUAAUAUUCGUUUUGAUUGCCAUACAAUCAUUUCAUUAUAAUCAACAAUUAAUUGGUGUUUGUUUGGCUUCAAUAUUCAAUCUAAUCGGUAUUACACAAUGGGCAUGUAAACGUGCAAUUGAUUCGGAUUUUUGCAUAAAUUCUUAUCGAAAUUUAUUGAUUUUUGAUCGCCUAAAACAUGAAGAUAAUAAUAUUCAUGAAGUCGAACAUGAAGUGUCAAAACAUCGAAAAAUAUUCAAAACAUCAAAAUUGGCUAUCGAAAUCAAACAACUUUCGGCCUAUUAUUAUGAUACAACACCUGCAUUGAAUAAUAUUAAUGUUCAGGUUGAACAUGGUGAAAAAAUUGGUAUUUGUGGUCGUAGUGGUGCUGGUAAAUCAACAUUAAUCAAUACUUUGUUACGUUUAGUUUAUUUUGAUGGACAAAUUCAUAUAAAUGGACAUUGUAUUCGUGAUAUUUCCACAUUCGAAUUACGACGAAAUUUCCUGAAUAUUAUACCACAAUCACCGGUUUUAUUCAAUGGAACCGUACGUGAAAAUUUAUGUCUUUUGCUUAACGAUAAUCAACAUCAUGAUGAUCAUGAAUUAUGGCAAGUAUUAGAUCUAGUUGGUCUUGGAUGUUUAGUACGAUCAUUUGAAUUUGGUAUUGAUCAACCGAUUAUCGAUGGUAAAACAAUAAGUGUUGGACAAAAACAAUUACUUUGUUUAGCAAGAAUUUUACUACAAAAUCGACAAACAAUGAAACCAGUGAUAAUUAUUAUGGAUGAAGCAACUGCACAUAUUGAUCAACAAACAGAUCAUCAAAUUCAACAAACAUUACGUAAAAGAUUUGCUCAUUGUACAAUGUUAAUUAUUGCACAUAGAUUAAAUACAAUAAUGGAUUGUGAUCGUAUAUGGGUAUUUGAUAAUGGUAAACUAAUUGAAGAUGGCCAACCACAAUCAUUACUUGAUGAUGAUCAUAGUCAUUUUUUUCGACUAGUCAAUAAAUAAUUUGUGAUAAAUAAAAGGCUUUUGAAUAGAUAAAAUAAAUUUAACAAUU